UCAUAAAGCUGAACCAAAUCACAUGACAUGACAUAGAAAAAUCGAUACCAAUGUGUCCACACGUGCUAGGAUAACUACAUAGUCAGCAGGAAAUUCCUGUUCAAGUUCCAAAAAUUUGCCAUUGGAUUGGUCAGAGGUUAAAAGAUGCACUAUCCAUUGUCGAUUGAGACUGAAAGUAGUGGGGAAAUGGGAAUCUCUUCUUUCUCAAAGCAAAUCCAUUUGCAUGCCUUUCUUUUAUUUUCCUGUGCAACCUUUCUUUAUAUCUUCACAGAAUCUAACCCAAAUUAGAAAUCUCUUGUAUUAUAUACAAGUUCCAAACUUUCACUCACUACCUCUCACCCAAAAACAAAUCACAACCAAGAAACCCUGCUAAAGUUUCUAAUGAAGAGAAUGAGCAUUUUAACUGUCUUUGCAAUUUUCUUCAUCAUUUCUAUGCCUAUCAAUGCAAUGCAACCUAACAACUAUGGCUUCCAAGGAUCCAAAACAAACUGCACCUACUCCAUUGAGAUUGAGACAACAUGUGCACAAUCUGCCGGAACCACGGACCACGUCAGUGUCAGAUUCGGGGACUCUGAGGGUAACUUGAUCAUAGUGAAGCAUCUGAACAACCCUAAGCUAUUGUAUGCUCCAAAGGGUGGUUUGAGACGUAGGGGUUAUGGUGGGUUUGGACGAUGUGCCAAAGACAUGUUUGAGGCCAGUGGACCAUGCAUGAGCCAGUGGGUGUGCUCUCUGUACCUGAAGAAGGUCGGCUCAGACGACUGGCGACCUGGCCGGGUGAAGGUGCUUCAUCAACAAGAUGGCAGCCGUGUAGUGCCAGUUUCUUAUGUGUUCUAUUUUAGGACAUUUGUUCCAGAAAAUGUUUGCAACUUCAAUCAUACCAGAAACCAGAAAUAAGAAAAAUAGAUCCAGGAAAUCUCUGGAGUGAAAACCAACAGAUUCAUUAACCUCCUUGUCAAGAGAGAGAAUAUCUUGAUCAUGCCAACAAAGGCAAACCAACUAUGAAUAAGGACUGGUAGAUUACAGUCAAAUCAUGAUAUGUUUCUCACUUCUUGCUCUAUCAAGAUAAAAGGAAAAGGCGGGAAAAGUAUACAAAUGGGGAAGGAAAAAAAAAA